CUGUCAGGUCAGCUAGAAGCUCACAGGCCCACAGAUUCCUCCCUUCUCCGCAUCCAACAUCCAACAAGUUGCUCCAUUUGGAAAAAACACUGCCUUGCGCCCUCCCGCCCCCCGGUCUUUGUCGUUUUUAUUUUUUUAUUUUUCCAGUGUGGAUUUCAGCUCGGCUCUUUCUUAAACGAUAACCCACCACUUUGUCUGGAAAAGGAUAUUUUGACCUGGAGUUUAAAAGCUGCUCUAAAACUUCAACUAAGUGGUGUUUCGGUGCGUAAAGGAGGGGCGCACGCCGAACUGAGCAAACGCCACUGGAGGAAAUUGCUCCUAAGAUGUCAACAUUGCUUUGCCACCCACUCGAAAUCGAUUGUAUUACCUUCAAGAAGGUGGCUCCUCGUAUAAAUAGGGACGCAUUAUUUCGAGAAAGACGGUGGUGAGGCGCAAUCUGUUGGGUGCUCUCUUUCUCUCUCUCUUUCUCUCCCUCUCUUCCUCUCGGAACUAUACAGACAACGCCUGGAAGAAUUUGCGGAGGACAAUCGUGUCCACUCUCCAGGACAUACGCAUCUUUAAAGCCUGAACUAACGGUGAAGUCAUGCAGGUGGAGAGGAAAUGGCACAUACUGUUGACUAUCUUCUUCCUGCUCAUCACCUCGGGCCAGUGCAUGGACAGCAAGGAGGUCAAGCAGAAAGAGAGAAGGACCCUGUUGGAUCUAAUCUUGCAGGUUAUCAGAGACAGCCAGCAGCGGGACAAACCCAUCUCCCGGCGCUGCAGCAGUGGACUCCUCACCUCAUCCCAUGACAUGAAGUUCUCCUCCCGUGAAAAGCCUUUCUAUGUUCCAAGGCUGGAUAACAGUAGACUCAUAGAAAUAGUUCCUCGAGAUGUAAACAUGAAGGGCAAAUUCAUUCAGCAUUUCACAGCAGGACCAGUCAAGUUCUCGUCGGAGUGCAGAACACACUUUCAUAGACUUUAUCACAACACAAGGGACUGCUCGCGGCCAGCAUAUUACAAAAGAUGCGCAAGAUUGCUAACUCGAUUAGCAAUGAGUCCGCUCUGCAUGCAAUCGUAAAUGUUGCAUGUUGGAACAUAAUGGAAGAAGGAUCAACGUUUUGCCAAGGAAGUGCCUUCAAAUCCACAGCAGUCAAAUGAACAUUGUUGUGUGUAUAGUGUUUUUAUUUUUGUUUUUUUCCUCGUUGUCAUUACUAAAAAUGCUGAUCGACCUCGCUGGUUGUUUGUGAAUGGGUUUGCUUUUUUUUAUUUUCAUGUAUCUGUUUGUACCAUAUACAUUAGUAUUUGUAAGGAAACAUUAAUUUAAUAUUAAAUACAUAUAUUUAUUGAAAGGUUAUGUAUAUAAUAAUUUCACAACCAUUCAAAAUCAGAUUAUUUUGUUUAUAAAAUCUUCUUUUCCUCUGAGGCCGUUAUUAUGUUCUCAAACUGAUCAUGCUCCAUCAUUGUCUUCAUUACAUUUUAUUUGGCACUUGAGUAAUCGCUGACAAUGAGAACAUAUGGAAUGACAUCAGUGGUGAUAAUGCACUGCGGUAUUGAACAAUAAAGAAUAUUGAAGCACA